AUGCCUAAAUCAAAAGAACUUGUUUCUUCAAGCUCAUCUGGCAGUGAUUCUGAUAGUGAAGUCGACAAAAAGUUAAAGAGGAAAAAGCAACUUACUCCAGAAAAACCUGUAAAGAAGCAAAAGACUGGUGAAACCUCAAGAGCACUGCCAUCUUCCAAGCAGAGCAGCAGCAGCAGAGAUGAUAACAUGUUUCAGAUUGGAAAAAUGAGGUAUGUCAGAGUUCGGGACUUUAAAGGGAAAGUCCUAAUUGACAUUAGAGAAUAUUGGAUGGAUCCAGAAGGUGAAAUGAAGCCAGGAAGGAAAUGUAUUUCCUUAAAUCCUGAGCAACGGAGCCAGCUGAAGGAACAGAUUUCUGACAUUGAUGAUGCAGAAAGAAAACUGUAA